GGGAAGGGAGAGAGAGGUGCUGCAUUGUGGUUGGCUGUCAAUCAGGCCUAAACCACGACAGUGGCGCCCGCCUGCUGGGGGGCACGGCCGUGGGCCCCCGCAGCCCCAGGGCCGUGUCGGCGGCGCCUCCUCCCGCUGGGAACCCUGCUGCAGCCGCCCGCCCGCAGCGCAGCGGAGGCCCAGGGCAGAGCGGGCAGGGGGGAAGGUGGCUUGGCCGCAGGGCCGACGGGGACCCAACUGGGCAUCACCCCCGGUCUCUGCUGGCGGUCAGUGGAACCGGUCGCGAUGAGCUGCAACCCUGCCCCCUCCAGCACGUGCCUCUGCACCCCACAGCGGGUGACGAAGCAGGAAGCUCUCCAGGUGGGCUGAUGUCUGUGCUGCUGGAGGUGUCUGCGCCUGCGCCGGGGUUUGGGCUUCGGGUCUGUGCGUGCAGAGCUCAGGUUCAGGCGUCUUUGGAGUCGGUGAGGCAGCCCGGUGUGGAAAGGAGUGACCCGCCAGCGAAGGGGCUGGAUAAUCCCCCGAGUUCCGCUGUUUCUCGCGUGGCUUGGGUUCAACAGCUGCUGACAGCACCAGCGCUUCAGCGCCGGCAUCUGGCCUGCUGGUGUGCUGGAGGAGCGAGUGUCACAGCCGCUCUCCCUGCCGCAGACGGCCCGUGGAUUUGCGCCGCUGUAAUUGUGGAGAACGUUCACAAGAGGGUGCAGAGACCUGAUCUUUCUGCUGCUGGCUUCAGCAGCUGCCGUGUCGCGUGGCAGUAGGAAUCACGGCAGCGGGCUCCUUUGUAGAUGCCCCAUUGCUUCUCCCCCAGAAAAGAGCCCUCGGAACUCUGCUUUAUAACAACAGGCUCCUGCCUCCCUUGGCUGUGCCCUGGCAUCCAGAGGAGCCCAGCUGCUGUCACGGGAGGCGUGAGAACAGACACAGAUGCGGAAAGGUGCCUCUUGACAGAUCUCAUCCCUGCAGGGCGCAGAGAAGCAGUGCCUGAGGCGAACUGGUGCUUAUGCCCUGGGAAAUGCCUCGUCAGCUUUCUGCCCGGGUCUCUCCCGGAGGCUUUGCUUUAGGAGAGGGGUGACCUGGAAUCCAGAGGACGGUCAUUGGUUCUGACAGGGAUGGACUUUCUUAACGUUGAACCCAGCCUCAACUCUCCCUCAGUGCCCUGAACUGCGUGAGAAACAACUUCUUGCUGUGUUUUGGGGAAUGCAGGGGGACUGGUUUCAGCAAAGGCCAGACCUGAGGGUGAGAGCUUCUUCCACAGCUCUCCCACUUCCGCAUUGCCAGCCGAGGAACUGAUGGCUGCCCCGGCUGCAGCGUCUCUGUGCCACGGAGCAGCUCAGCAGUGGACACGAACGCACACGGGUCUCGUCAGAGUUAUCACGCUGGGGGUGCUGGCUGUGCCAGCAAGCAAGGUUGGACAAGGAGCCGUGUGUGUGCCCUUAAGCCCAACUCCGUCGCUUUGGCAAUGCCUCCAGGUGCCGUUACAAAUGCACAUCAUCGGGGUCUUGGGAAGGCUCCCGGUGCAAAGUGCCCCCGGUGCCCUCCCCUGUCCGCGGGACCGGCUGUGGCUUAAGCUGCAUAAGCAGAACCUGUGUCCGCGGCAGGGAGGAAAGAGGCGAUGGCUAGAUUACUGCCUGGCUCCCCAAAACACGACUUAGGGAUACAUUUUCACAACGAACACCGGCCCUUUCCCCACUGCUUGCCACACACAGGGCUGUCACUUGCACCACCUCCCUCCCAUCACAGUGGGACAGGACCACCUCCCGACCCUGCCCUUUGCCUCCGUGUCUUCUGUGCGCAGGCACCGACCUCCCCUAACUGCCCACGUGCACCUGAACAGCGAUGACGGGCUGCAGGGCGUCACUGUUUCCAUACUCUUAAUUCCUUCCCAAGAAAACCUCCAGCUCACGGCGGGUACCUUUGCCAAGUCAUCUCAGCCUCAGUCACCAUCACGCUGGGGUCUUUUUCAGUAUAAAAUGUCUCAUCCACCUAAAAUAAAGCUCUUGAUAAGAUUAGUCUUAUAAACUGUGUGGAUGCUGAGGCGGUACGCUCCAGAUUGGCCCACAGUAACAGAGUGUCAGGAUCUCAGGAAACGGCUUCUGCACGCCCCCCGUGCCUUUGUCUUGGUUGCAGAGCAGAGGCAAGCACGAGGCCCACGGUUUGACGGACAUGACCCCCCCCCCAUCCUUGAGAAACCACUGUGAAAACAGAGGUGACAUCAUUUUGUGAAGGACACAGCGUUCUUCCACUCACACAGGCCAUGAAAAAUAGGUGGCAAAAUCAAACACGUGAGGCACAAUUUAUGUCAUAAAUGUACGGCAAAUUUGAACCACUGGCAGUUAGUCAGGUUGUUGGCUUCUGGUUUGCGGGGACCGGUUGUCCCUGCAGUGCUGUGGCUUAGGCCAUAGGGUAGUUCAUGUCGCGUGACUGAUCUGACACUGAGUCCCGGUAAAGGCAUUCCAGCCUGCAAUACCCUCUUCCUUUACUCCGACGCUGUUCGGAUUUCUUCGCGUCUCCCUGCUGAGGCAACCAGGAAUUACAGGUUCAUGCGAGUUCAUCUGUACAAAGCCACAGAACACCUCCUUUCUCAUGCAGGAACCUAGCAGAUACAGUCCGCUAUUGGCAGGGAUCGCUAAUGUGAUGCAGGAAGACUCAUCCUCGAACAGUUUUCCGCUCCUCGUCCUGGAAGAAAAGUUUAUGCUUGCAGUGUUGUCCAAGGACAAAACCAAUACAGACGUUCAGGAACAGAAUUUUUUGUACCCAAAUGGAAGCUGCAUCUUCUUAGUGCGAUCUCUCAGCCAUGGCAUCAGUUGAGGCAGGUACCGAGAGGUAACCCUCAUUUCAGACCGCAGGGUUGAAACCGGGAAGACCAGUCGAGAGAACGAGAACUAGACCCUGAUGGAAGCGGGACAAAACCCGCCUUCGGGCGACCGUUACCGCCGCGACGCGGCCCGCGGGCGCCAUCUUGUGGGCAGGCGGCCAUUAGCCGCGGGCGCGCCGGUCACGUCCCCCUUCUCCUGAGGGGGCUCCCGGGCGGCCGGGCCGAUCGGUACGGCCGGCGCUGCGGAGCGCGCGGGCCCCGCCGGUCGGAGCGGCGGCGGCUGCCGGCCCCAGGGUGCCCUGAGGGGGCUCAUGUCGGGGGCGCUGGCGGCUGUUUCCAGCACAGCGCCCAACAGUGACCUGAGUGCACGAGUUGUGGGGGCGUGACGGCUCCGAGGCUUUCAGAAUUCCCUUGUUUCCCCUUUCUCUCCGAGCACUUGAUUUACGGAUGAAAGACUUCGCAACUCAGGGUUGUAAAGCAGCAAGGGGGAGAAGACGAGGCUGCUGGAGCGCCGCGGGAGGGCCCAGGGACUGCCCGCCAUGCCAAGGAGCUGCGAGCAGCCCCGAAGAGCUGUCACGGCGCCCACCCUUUCCAGCCGGAGAGCUGCCAGCAACGGUGACGUGUGGAAAACAGAUUCCACAAUCUGAUAGAUUGUAAAGUAGGCGGUGGAGAUCGGAAUUGGGACAUUUGCAAUUGCCCCGGUGCAUGCCACGGUGGGAGAGGACGAGGUUUUGCCUGUUGAGAGACCCGUGUUCCAGCUGAGCAGGUUUCUGAAGAAAUUCUACAGCCUCAAGCACGCAAAGACCCAAAUUCCUGACAAGACCCAGUUUGUUCAGCUGGACUUUAAGCAGAUUGCUGCAGAAACCCACUUCCGCCCGGAAAUCGUGGAGCAGUGCGUACACGAGACCCUGCUUCUCUUUGCCGAGGCCCUCCAAGAAAACAAGGAGGUGGAACUCUCCUUCAAGGGCAUCGGCAUCCUUGCUGUGCGAAAAAAAGUGGUCAGCAUGACCUUCUUGGACGAGUGCCUGCUGGAGCUGGAUGGGACAGGGAACAUGCUGGCAGCUCUUCUCGGGGACCCUAAGAUGAUGAGGAUCGUGGCCUUCGCGGGCAAAAACGAUUUUAGUCGUCGCAGUCGAGACACGGUCAUCACGCUGCCAAGGCUUGCAUUUGAGAUCCCCCACCAAACAUCGGUCCCCACGAUUUCUCUGAAGCCCACGAGAGAUCUGGCGCCCUGGGGCGGGGGUGCCCGCAGAGUGAGUGUGCUGGAUCCAGUGUUCCUGGCUCAGCGGAGGGUUUCUCUAGCCAGACAGCAGGUGAAGGAAGGCGAACAGGCUACAGCCAAGGAAGCUGGCCCAGGCAGAUUCCUGCCAGUAAUCCAGCAGAAUUCCAAGGAGGACCUGACGCAGGCCAGACCUCCAGGCUGCCCAGACUUGCAGCUCCCUGCAUGUGCCGCGCAGCCCUCAGGAAUGGGAACGGGCUCCCUCCGCGCGGAGAGGGCAGGGAAACGGCACCAGGUGCUGAUGGCAUCCAGGCGCAAAGAGGUGGAAGCGGAAGUGUGGCACCAAUACCAUGCCAAGAGAGCGGGGCAGCACAUGGAGCGAGGCCAGACCUCCUGCCGCCACCUGUUCGAGGAUCCCUAUCGCCCUCCCCACCUCCUGAGAAAGGCCUACGCCGAGAAGCUGAAGGAGAGGCUACAGGAGAAGGAGAGCUGCCAGAGGCCUGCGAGGCAGAUGGCGUCCGAGGGGCGGGCAGAGCUGCACCCCCCGCAGACAGCGUGGGAAGUCAAGGGGGAGAAGACGAGGCUGCUGGAGCGCCGCGGGAGGGCCCAGGGACUGCCCGCCAUGCCAAGGAGCUGCGAGCAGCCCCGAGGAGCUGUCACGGCGUCCACCCUUUCCAGCCGGAGAGCUGCCAGCAACGGGUGGCAGGGGCGAGGAGCGCCUUUCCAAGGGGAACGUGCCAAAUAAAGGCUGCUGGUGCCUGGGCCCAGCCAGCGUGGCCGUGCUGCUGCCUGCCUUGCCUUUCUCUGCGGCCACGGGCACGGGAGGGGCCCCGCAGCCCCCUGCUCGGAGGGGUCUCUGGGCAAAUGGCCAGAGGACUGGUCCUGCCAG